GGCAUGUGUAUAUAAUUUUAAUAUCAGUAUUAAACAAUAUUUUUAUGUUUGUGAUUCAUCGUUAAUGAAUAAUCAUCUUGUUAAAAUUAUUGUUCGGUAAUUAAAUAGUAUCGUUACAGUUACUAUCACGGUAUUACAACGUCACUGGAUUCGCUUACUAAUAUCAUGUUAAGCUGCUAGAAAAAAAUAAACAACCCGAUAAGAUACUGUUUGAGUGUGUUUCCAUCAUUUUUUUGCGGCUUUAUUAACAAUUUACACAAAACAGGAAUGGCCCAUUUAAAUUCGAGUGCCUGUUGGUUAUAUUAUUUUAUUUAACUGUACAUAUAAUAUUUUAUAAUAUAUAACUGAUUUUAUUUUGUAAUACAUUCGUUUUGCUGUGUACAUCAUGGCUGUAAGUACUUAUCGCGAAGAAUUAAAGAAAAUUCUGAAAGAACCAAACUCUACAACAAUUGCUUCUAUUAAAAAAACUGUACAAGAAAAUAAUUACUUCAAUCUUAGUGAUGCAGAUAGACGUUCAAUUUUGGAUCAAGUAUUAAGAUGCUAUGUUUUAGACAUAGUACUAUCAAAACCACCAAACAUAUAUGAUGUUUGUAAGAUGUGGACAUCAUUUACUAUUGAACUUGUACGUAAUGAAAUGUGCACGGCUAUAAUGCCAGUAGUUAUACUGUCAGAUAUGUUUGAUGUGACAACUGUGGAUUUAUGUGAAAAAAUGUUUGAUCAUGUGGAAACUAAUGUAAAUGUUCUUAAGGAGUCCCAAUUUUUUAUGGCAUGCAAGAAUAAUUUAUUAAGAAUGUGCAAUGAUUUAUUACGUCGUUUAUCAAGAUCACGAAAUACAGUGUUUUGUGGGCGUAUUUUAUUAUUUUUAGCAAAGUUUUUCCCUUUUUCUGAACGGUCAGGUUUAAAUAUUGUUAGUGAAUUUAAUCUGGAAAAUGUUACUGAAUAUUUGAAUGAAAAUAAUUUUGAUCAAAAUGAAGAUUUGCAAGACUCAAUGACUGAAGAAGAAACAAAAUCUGAUACUAUAAUUGAAAAAGUGAAUGUUGACAAAAACCUUUAUUUAAAAUUUUGGGCCCUACAAGAUUAUUUUAGGAAUCCUAAUCAAUGUUACAAAGCAGAACAUUGGAAAUUGUUUAUCUCUCAUACAGAGUUCAUAUUUUCAAUUUUUCAAAGUCAUAAGUUAGAACAUGUUAGUAGAACAGAUACUGAAAGUACUGAACAAAAUAUACAUUACUUUCCAAAAUAUUUAACUAAUCAUAAGUUAUUAGAAUUACAAUUGAGUGAUGUAAAUUUUAGACGCUAUAUUCUAAUACAAUUUUUAUUGCUUUUUCAAUAUUUGGAUGCACCUGUUAAGUUUAAACCUGAUAAUUUCAAGAUAAAACCAGAUCAACAAGAAUGGAUUAAAAAUUCAAUUAAUAAUAUAUAUGAAUUAAUAAAUAAUACACCUCCUGAUGGUAUAAGGUUUUCUGAAGUAGUAAAAAAUAUAUUACAGAGAGAAGAACAAUGGAACAAAUGGAAAAAUGAUGGUUGUCCAGAAGUUGUAAAACGAUUAAUACCUGCUAGUGAUCAAGGUGACAUGCCUGCACCUAAAAGGAGACUUAGGAAAAAUUUAGGAGAUGUUAUUAAAAAUAUGACUGCUAAUAACAAGGUUUUUCUUGGAGACCCAGAAUUGACUAAGUUGUGGAAUUUUAAGCCUGAUAAUUUAGAAGCAUGUAAAGGACCCGAAAGAGAUUUUUUGCCGUCAUUUGACUCAUUCUUCCAGGAAGCAUUUGAACAGUUAGAUCCAGAAUUAUGUAUUGAAAAUCAAUACAAAAAAGUUAAUGAUGGAAAUUUUGGAUGGCGUGCUUUAAGACUUUUAGCUCGAAAAAGUCCACAUUUUUUUGCUCAAAGCAACAAUCCUAUUCAUAAAUUGUCUGAAUAUUUAGAAAAUAUGAUAAAAAAAACAAUGAAUAAAGAAAAAAUAUCAAUUAAUCAAGGUUCAGAUAAACAUGUAUCACCAAAUAAAGAAUUCAAAAAGGAAUCUGUAAUGGAUACAGAAGAAGUUGAUAUUUCUGAAGGAAUCCAUGAUGAAAACGAAAACGAGAAUAAUGUUGAAGUAGAAGACAAUAAUAAAAUUCCCAAACAAAUUAUUGACCAAGUUGCAGCUGUCAUAGGAGAAAAAUGGACUUUGCUUGCUGAAAAACUUGGCUACCAACCAGAUGAGAUUAAGUUUGUGAAAACAAUAAAAACUACACCUUUAGAUCAAGCUACAUAUUUACUUGAAGUUUGGGUUGAAGAUGCUGAAAAUCCUAAGCCUGAAAACCUAAUUUACAUUUUAGAAGAAAUUCAAUUAAAUGAAGCUGCUAAUAUUCUUAAGUCAUGAUUUAAAUAUAUGCACAAUUAAAAUGCAUUGGAAAUAUCUUUGUAAAUAAAAUAUUUAAUCCACUAAUUUUGAAUUUAAUUUAUG